ACUGAUAAUGGUACUGUAGCUAUGCACCUGUAUGAUUCUAUCUCACCCACCCAUCAAAAAGAGAGCCCACAGCUUUUUCUUGUUUUUAAGAAGAGGAUCAUCCCAUCUGGGAUUCCUUGCUCUUUGUUGAGGAAUAAGUAAGGGAGAGGCGGAGGCAGAUUCUUUUGUAAUUUUGGCAGAAGAAAUCUAGUCCAUUGAAUUCUUUCCCAAAAGGUCAAAUUUCAGUCACAGGGGUUAUGUCCUUUUAACCUCCAAACCCCAUGGUUGUCUUCAAGAAAACCAGCAUGAAUUUUUUUCUCCUAGUGUGAAUGUGGGUUUCUAGCGCAGAAACCACUUUCCUACCACACCAGCCUACCCAAGGCCAGCACAAGUAGGCUUCAGAUAUGUCUUAUUGGGUUGGGACCAUGAAUUGUUUAAGAAAAACUACUCAUGAGCCACCUGCCCAUCUGGGUGAGGCUGAGAAGAUGAAUUCAUACUAGAAAUCUGAAGUUUUUUCCUCCAAGGAUGGCUGGUCAAUCCUGCUGUGUAGUUGGUUGAUGGGUCUUUUCUGUUUAUCUCUGUGAGUUGAAUUUAGGAUUCUGUGUUGGGCAAAUGGCUAAUGGGGUCCAAAACCAGGAAGGGGUUCCAGAAAACCUAAGCAAACAGCUUGCUGUGGCUGUGAGGAGUAUCCAGUGGAGCUAUGCUAUUUUCUGGUCAUUGUCAACCAGGCAACAAGGGGUACUGGAAUGGAGUGGGGGGUACUAUAAUGGGGACAUUAAGACAAGGAAGACAGUCCAGGAAAUGGAACUUAAAGCCGACAAAAUGGGCUUACAGAGGAGUGAGCAAUUGAGAGAGUUGUACGAGUCUCUCUUAGAAGGUGAAACCGACCAACAGUCCAAGAGGCCUUCUGCUGCAUUGUCUCCAGAAGAUCUCUCAGAUGCAGAGUGGUAUUACUUGGUUUGCAUGUCCUUUGUAUUCAAUCCUGGCGAAGGUUUGCCAGGAAGAGCACUAGCAAAUGGUCAAUCCAUCUGGCUUUGUGAUGCUCAAUAUGCGGAUAGCAAAGUUUUCUCUCGAUCUUUGCUAGCGAAGAGCGCGUCUAUUCAGACAGUGGUAUGUUUUCCUCAUAUGGGGGGUGUGAUUGAGCUAGGUGUUACAGAGCUGGUCCCAGAGGAUCCUAGUCUCAUUCAACAUAUCAAAGCUUGUUUACUCGAGCUUUCAAAGCCUAUCUGCUCUGAGAAAUCUUCCUUUGUUCCUUGUAACACUGAUGAUGAUAAAGACCGCAUGUGUGCCAAGGUUGAUCAUGAUAUAGUUGAGACCAUGGCUUUGGAGAAAUUGUACCCCGCCACUGAAGAAAUCAAGUUCGAACAGGAGGGGAUGAGUGAAUUGCACGGAAACAUCCAUGAAGAACAUAACAUUGGUUCUCCUGAUGACUGUUCAAAUGGUUGUGAGGAUGAUCACCAGACAGAGGACUCCUUCAUGCUUGAAGGUAUUAAUGGAGGUGCUUCACAAGUUCAGAGUUGGCAUUUCGUGGACGAUGAUUUCAGCAAUGGUGUUCAAGGUUCCAUGGAUUCUAGUGACUGUAUAUCACAAGCUUUUGUGAACCAAGAAAGGAUUCACUCUUCCCCCAAGGGUGAAAAUGUAAACAAUGUUCGACUGAAAGACCUUCAAGAAUGCAAUGACACGAAAUUUAGCUCCUUGGAUCUUGGAGCUGAUGAUGAUUUGCACUACAGAAGAACUAUUUCUACUGUUCUCAGGAAGUCACACCCGUUGAUUGGAAAUUCAUGUUUUCGCUGUUAUGAUAUCAAAUCUAGCUUUAUAACCUGGAAGAAAGGAGGAAUACUUGAUGCCCAAAAGCCACAAACACAACAACGAAUAUUAAAGAAGAUCUUGUUUACGGUCCCCUUGAUGCAUGGCGGUUGCGGUUUCAAGUCCCAAAAAGAAAAUGCUGGAAGAGACGGGCUUUGGAAAUCUGGAAGUGAUGGCAUCUGCAAGCAACAUGCUUUAUCAGAUAAAAAAAGAGAGAAAGAGAAGUUUCUGGUUCUCAGGUCAAUGGUUCCUUCUAUCAACAAGAUCGAUGAAGUAUCAAUUCUCGGUGACACAAUAGAGUACCUGAAAAAGCUUGAGGCAAGAGUAGAAGAGUUGGAAACUAGUAUGGACUUGCAGACAGAGCUGGAAGCAAGAGCUAGACAGAAAUACCUGGAUAUGGUAGAACAGACAUCAGACAAUUAUGAUGACAAAAUGAUUGAUGAUGGAAAGAAGCUGUGGAUAAACAAGAGGAAGGCUUGUGACAUUGAUGAAACUGACCUGGAAAUCAAUGAAAUCAUUCCUAAAGACAGCCUGCCAUCAUCAGACAUGAAAGUCCGCAUAAAUGAGCAGGAGGUACUCAUUGAGAUGAGAUGCCCUUGGAGAGAAUACUUAUUGCUUGAUAUCAUGGAUGCCAUAAACAACCUCCACUUGGAUUGUCACUCAGUUCAAUCAUCAAACCAUGACGGUUUUCUCACUUUAACACUUAAAUCCAAGUUUCGAGGACGAGCAGUGGCAUCAGCAGGGAUGAUCAAACAGGCACUAUGGAGGAUAACAAGCAAAUGCUGAUCAGAAGAUGGAGUCCUAUUAUCAACUUCCAUUGUAGAAUUUCUCUGGGUAUGUUGUUAACUUUAGCUUCUUGAAUAUGUUGUGUAAAUUUAUCUACUGUCCUCUCAUGUCUGAAUCCCAUUUCAAUAAACCUUCUUAGUCUUCAUUUUCGGUUAGUUUGUACUGAUUGUUAGAUGAAUUAGCAACUAGUAGUGGAUUAUUUGACCAAUAUUGUGAUUAAGAUUCCUAAGGAAACCUUUGUGGUUUAAUCAUGAUCACAUAAUCGAA